AUGACCGGCUGGCGAGCCCGAGGAGCGCAUGGUGUGGCAGCCGCGGCCGCCGAAGCCUCCGAGGCGUGCGACGAGGACCAUAUGCAAACGGUGGACACCUGGCUGAAUGCAGGCCGCCCGCUGUCUCCUGAGAUGCGCACGAUGUUGCGCGCGGCGCUGCCCCGCAGCCGCCCUGCCCCGCCGUCAGAGUGCUGUGCCAAGUGUGGCCAGGGCAUUGGCUGGUGUCCGGAUGCGGGUGCAUGUUGGGGCUGCACUGGCCUGCGCGCCGAGGCGAGCAAGGUCGGUGUGGAGUUGUUCCUGGCCGACGCACGGACACGCGACGCCCGGGUUGCUGAGAUUGUGACGAUGUCCGCUGCGCGGAGCGCAGUGGCCACAAUCUGCAGUGGGGACACCGGCUGGUUCCAGGUGGAGCUGCCCCCCGCCGGUGCAGCUCCGUCGUGCUUGUUCUCUGUGUGCGCGGGGGGCGGUGAGUGGCCAAUCCCGCGUUUCAAGAUUGCGGGCCAGCGGUGGACGCUCACGCGCAGGGGUGGGCGCACGCUCGUGGUGGUCUUUGAGGGUCUUGAAGGGGGGGAGGUCACGGGAGUCAUGGCAGAGGGUGACGCACUGGGUGACAUGGGCAUCCCGGACAGCGUGACACCUUUGGACGUCCCAGGGCUUGUGCGGCUCGCGAGGUUCGCCUGGGCUCUUGGCCUCACAGACAGCCAGGACCACGCGUGGCGGUGGAUAGUGGUGGUGGGCCGUGACAGCUUGGGUGAUGGGGGCGGCAAGCUGUGGCCGUGCGAGGAGAAGCUGCGCCUCCGCUGUUAUCCCUUGCACGCCGCGGUUCGCGAGUUUGGGGCGGGUGUAGAUGAUCGGCUGGAGCGUGGGCGUGCAGUCUACGAGCAGACCCCGCUGGUGGUGUCUCUGGAUGCCUGGCAGAGUGUUGCGAGGCCCGGAGGUGCCAGUAGCGAAGCGGAUGCGGUGAAGCUGGGGCGGCUCGAAGGCUUUGAUUACUUUCUGGUCAUGCGCGGCAUACCGUAUGCGGGAGCCGAAGGCCUCGAGGGUGCCGCGCUCGCGGGCGCCACCCGUGCGCACAAAUGGCGCUACAAGAGGGACUUGCAAGUCCUACUGGGACCUACGGCCCCGGGCGAGGACUGCAGUGACGUUGCACUAUGGCCCGGCGACAUGCGAACGGUGGCUGAUGCUCCCAGUGGGCACGCCAGUCACCGCUGCCGGCGCGCACCGGGUGCCAGGUUCUCGGACGGGGUAGUGACGCUGCAUGUUGGCUUCACAGGCGCGGCCGGGGGCGAGUGGCAUGUGCGCGUUGCCUGGUGCCCGCACACUGAAGCGAGCACUGGAAUGCCGCUUUGGCAGCCCCGGUUGGAUUUGCCCCCCCCAACCACUCUGAGCAUCGCUCACAGCGCCGGCAAGUAUGCCUUCGCACGCGCGCGGCUCAUCGAGGAGCUCAACUAUGCUGGCGCGUACUACCAAGUCACAGACCGCACCACUAGCAGCAUCGCUGUCGCUGUAGGCUCCCCGCAGCUCGUGACCCGCUUGCACGACUGCAUGGCGCGCAUUGUCUGGAGCGCGGCGCGGGCGAGGUGCAUUCGUGUGUCGCCGAACGUCCCCGGUGCUGGCGUCCGCGACAGUUUGGAGGAGGCAGGCUCGCCGGCCCCGAGUGCGCACGUGGGUGGGGGGGCGUGCCCGGCGCGCGGGCCGCGACCACAGGUGCGAGAGGCCGUGCUCGAGAACAGAACGCAAAUGUGGCACGCAAACGACCUGCUGCCGACAGGGGGCGAGAAGAGGGUCACCUGCGCGCCGGUGGGCGGCUGUGUGGAGCUGCGAGCCGCGAGGGCCGCGGCGCGCGUGCGUGUGCUGUCCGGCGCAGUGUCUGGAUUCGUGCGCGAAUUCAACCUGGGGCCAGGGGGGAAAUGCCUGCGCCUCGCAGGGAUUACCCCUGACGUCUUCCUCCAAGUCGCCCCCGCGGGUCGCGGCGGCACCGGGGCGGCGUUGGAGAUUGAGCGGCGCAGUGUGCCACACAAGACCCCCGCAAUAACAGCCGCGGGCAGCGGCUGUAGCGGGGAGAUGAGCCACAUGGCAGAGGCCUACGGGCCCGUGGAUGCGGUUGGUCUGCGGAUGGAUGGCACCCAGGUGGGCGCCAGAACGCGCGCUGGCGAGUUUGCCCCCGCCAGCGACCCGCCUUGCUUGCCCCCGCGCGAGUGGGACAAUGAAGUGGAGCCAGAAGAGGAGGGGGUUGGCUACGUUGGCGGUGGCGCGCCCGAGCCCGGUGGCUCGGUCAGCUCCACGUCGAAGGGGUUCUGCAACAUCUUGAGUUAUUCCGAGCCCACGGCGCCGAGCGCUGAGGCACUGCCGCGCGUCCAAGACAGCCUGGGCACGCGGACUGAGAUACCGGAGGCAGACGUUAAGGAGCUGGAGGGUGUGAAGGCCGACUGCCAGGAUCGCGACGCAGUGCGCGCGUGGGCCGCGGUGUCGCGGAGCACGCGCAAUGGGGUCGUUGCAGAGCUGCGCCGGGCGCGGGACGCGUGGGAAGCUAGAGCCAAGGAGGAGGCCAUGCAACACGUGCGGCAGUACUGCGCCUGGCCAGCUGCCUCGGCGCCCAGCCAGCAACGCGGGAUGGCUGGCCUGCACUUCAGGGCGCCGGGCCGCAAUGAUUUGAUCCUGGAGGGCCCUAAGGAGGAUGGAGAGACGGG